AUGGGGCGAGAGGCAAGCCGUGUGCUGCUUCUGGCGCUUUGGACACUGACGGACCUGGGAAGACCUGGCUUCGGGCAGGCGGCCGACGGGGGUUGGCAGCUGGGCGGGCCGGAGCCGCCGUCGGCCGUGGCCGAGGAGGAGCGCUGCACCGUGGAGCGCCGCGCCGACCUCACCUAUGCCGAAUUCGUGCAGCGCUACGCCUUCUUCAGACCUGUCAUCUUGCAGGGACUCACGGACAACGCGAAGUUCCAGACCCUGUGCUCCCGCGAAAGAUUGCUGGCUUUGUUUGGGGACAGGGUAGUCCGGCUGAGCACAGCCAACACCUACUCCUACCAGAAAGUGGACCUGCCCUUACAAGAUUAUGUGGAGCAGCUGCUGCGCCCCCAGGACCCAUCCUCCCUGGGCAAUGAUACGCUGUACUUCUUCGGGGACAACAAUUUCACUGAAUGGGCACCUCUCUUCCGCCACUACUCCCCACCCCCCUUUGGCUUGUUGGGCACCACCCCUGCUUACAGCUUUGGAAUUGCAGGAGCUGGUUCCGGUGUGCCCUUCCACUGGCAUGGACCUGGGUUCUCAGAAGUGAUCUAUGGCCGAAAGCGCUGGUUCCUGUACCCCCCUGAGAAGACACCUGAGUUUCAUCCCAACAAGACCACGCUGGCCUGGCUCCAGGACAUGUACCCUACCCUCCAGGCCUCUGAGCGGCCCCUGGAGUGUACCAUCCACCCUGGGGAGAUGCUGUAUUUCCCUGACCGCUGGUGGCAUGCAACCCUCAACCUGGAAACCAGUGUCUUCAUCUCUACUUUCCUGGGGUAG